CGGGGCCCCUAACAAGAGGUAUUAAACCGGCGGGGCGAGGGUCACCAUGUCUGAAGCAACAUGAUGCUGCAUGGUGGUGUGUGGUGGUGAAGCAAAGCCAAAGGAGUAACUUCAACUUCAAGUCUUCCAAGUUCAGAUGCAACAGCGCCUUAUUUGCUUGCUCUGCUUCUCAUACGUUGGACGUGGGCCUCAGACUUAGGGCCAGCACAGCUCCUGAGGAUUGGCCUCUGAGCAUCUGACAGCUUGAGCAUGCCUGGCGUUCCGGAGCAUGCCCCGCGCCGCUCGGGCCUCAAUGGAGAUGAAGAGCCGGAGGUUUCUUGGGUGACAGUGGAGGAGGCACCUGCGGAGGUGCCAGAAGACCUCCAGAUGGUCGCUGAUGCAGCAGAGUCUGGAAAUGUGGAGGCUCUCGAAGAGGCCAUGAGAAGUCUGACAGUGAGCAUCAACAGUCGUGCCGAUGAUGGUGAUACUGCCCUUCAUCUUGCUGCUCUGCAUGGGCAUGCCCAGUGUGUAGAGGUUCUCCUGUCGAAGGGGGCAUCUGUUCUGGCUCGAGAUGAGGACGGUGCCGUUCCUCUCCACGACGCUGCUGCUAGCGGCUUUACGGAUUGCGUGACACUACUCCUGAACGCUGCUGAACAACAGGGAUGCAUAGAAGAAUUGCUGAAAGCAUCCGACAUCGACGGUGAUACGCCUCUCCAUCACGCAGCUCGAGGCAACCAUGUGGCUGUUGUAGAACAGUUGCUAGGGGCAGGAGCUGAUGCUAGCAUAGAAAAUGGUGUCGGUAAGAAGCCGUACCGGCUCGCUGAUGAUCUCAGGGCCGUCGAUAUUUGCCAAAGACCUCUCUUGCCAUCAGAUUGAGCAGGCCGUAUCAAGGUGACAUCCGUAUACCGGAGCUGCAACUGGCUUUGCAAGCUCGAUGCAUCAACUCGUGAUGUUCCUGAUUGGUUCUUGAAGCCCAAUGACAGAGUGAGCGUUCCAAUCUAGACUCCAGGCGAGCGUUCCAAACAUCAAGUUGUUCAAUAAGAUACACAAAUGGCGGCAAUACUCAACGGACCAGGAAGCUUAACCGGAGCUAGACACAACGACGGCCUCAGGCCGUGUGGCAUGUUUGACAUGAGCUCCUUGCGGCUAUGGAGCUUUAGAUACUGGAUUUACUGCAUACGCAACAAAACUAUAAGUCCGAUCGAUUCUAGACAUACCAUGUCGUUUCUCCAUUGGUACAACCGGG